GUUACCAAAGGACUCCACCCGGGGCCCUGUCUGCUGAGGCUCAUGCUGUCCAUGCUCUUGUUGUACUUCCGUAAUAUUUUCUGGUGCUUGCUGGGGUGGCUGAGAUUGCCUUGCUUGCGAUUCAGCUGUCACUUCGCGAGAGUUGUCGACGUCCGGUGCAGGGUCCACACCAAUACGAGUGUUCCGACCGGUGCGUCGCUGCUUGCGCGGUCUCGUAGAUUCAGUGAAGGAAGAGGAAUCCACUGCCGGCGAUGCAUCCAUAGGAGUAGACAGUCGCGAGUUGUUCGAGGUGGCUCGGGAGGUAGAACGGAGGUUCGGAGCCAUUGUUCAGAGAUGAAAGGCAAGACUUGUAAAAAAGGGGAAACGCCUGCGAUACGUCGUUAG